AUGACGCCUCCCAUCCAUAUCGACAAUGCUCCAAAUCAUUACCUGCAAAUCUUAUCCAGCGUCGUCUUCGGUAGUCUUGAGUGUAUUGGGUACAAUCCUUCCAUCAGUAUAUUCACAAAGACGCUUCGCCCCGCUCAACUCAAAAAUCCAACUUCUCGCCCUUCUAUGAACAAACCACCCGCACAAGCUCAAGUGAACAGUUCCCAGACAGGAGGUCAGAUCGGAGGCACUGCAACACCUGAGUCUGAUUUGGGGAUAGACUUAGACGUGGAGAUGGGCUCGGACUUAGAGGAAAGCCUCCCUAUAGACCCCCCUCAGUUAGAAAUACCCCAAGAUCCCCUUUGUGCGACUUAUUCAACCCUGAUCAGCAGGAUCAUAGUCAACGACCACGCAUAUGAUAUUCUCGAACUCAUAUUCUCGAGUCAGGGGCUCGUUGGGCGUGGUACUGUGUGCUAUUUAGCCAGGAGGGAUGAUAAAGAAUACAUCAUCAAGGACCAUUGGGUCCUUGGGGGUAAAGAUGUUGUGUUGAACGAGGUUAAAAUGCUGCGGGAGAUGCAAGGGGUCUGUGGUGUGCCAGAACUGGUCGAGUAUUGGCUUGUCGAAAUCGCGCCCAAUGAGCCUCGCACGCGACCUUUGCAUGCAUUCCAGACAAGAGUAGAGCUGGUGAGUGCUCUUCAGGACAUCGUCAAAAUUCAACAGACAGCAGUCGAGGAUCGUGGAAUUCUUCACUGUGAUUGUAGUCUUAAUAAUGCUAUGAUCGAGGAUGACGGCGAUGGGACCCACGGACUCUUGAUUGAUUGGGAAUUCGCAGUGCAUAUCUAUGCUGGCCAGAAAUAUGUUAUCGGUGGGACGGGCACAUUGCCUUUCAUGUCACAUUCACUUCUGUGGCAGCUUUCAGAGGCUGUGGGCGACCCUGCAACAUCUGCUCACAGCUGGAAGGUGAAGGUUGCCACGUCUUCCCUUGCAAAACCGCCCCCCCUCAUCCAACAUCACUACCAUGAUGAUUUGGAGUUGCUUUUUUACGUCUUGGUGUGCAUCUGCAUUGAAUCCAGGGGUCCUCUUGGAGUUAGACAUGAUCUCUCAGCUGAUAGGAGUCAAGAAUGGCUACCACAUCUAUGGUCCGCCGGCACGUUACAAGCAGGCGGUGAUUUGAAGACUUUGUUUUUUUUUCACCCAAAUGCACACAAACUCCAGAAACAAUUCCACCCCUACUUCAAGACGCUACUCCCACUUGCAACACAAUGGUACCACCUGAUCAGAAACAAAGGACUGUUGAAUGCAGUAACUUUCCAGGAGGUCCUCAAUCUGUUGGAAACACAUCUUGCCACGCUUCCGAAGAACUAG